AUGCUCUCGUUAAAGAACUUGAGCCGACUCGCAAAGAAUGCGGCUAUGGGAUAUUCUGAGGCUCAGUCGAAAGUGAGAAUGGCCACCUCCAAUGACCCUCAGUCGCCAUCACCUAAACAGUUGGACGAACUACUUCGGAUGACAUACAAGGCAGAGCUCUUCAAUGAGCUUAUGGAGACCCUCUUCAAGCGGCUCGAAGAGCGCGGAAAGAGUUGGCAGCAUGUUUACAAGGCCCUCAUAGUGAUCAACCACCUGCUACAUAUCGGACCAGAACGUACGCUCUACUACUGUACAGCCAAGUCUGCCACGAUCGAGUCCCUUGCGGGAUUCCGCUACACAGACUCCAGCGAUGUCGACCUGGGCACACACGUCCGCCUCAAAUCACAAGAAAUUAUGGGCCUCUUGUCCGACAUCCUUACUCUCCGUGAGAAGAGGCGAGCUCGUCUCAUCUUGAAUGCCAAAUCUUCCAUCUUGCGACCAUCUCGCUUGGAAACCAACUCUAAUUCUAUUCGCGCAAAACUUUCUUUCUUGGAUACCAAACUCCCCGAAAACGAGAAGUCGGAAAGGCGAGACGGUGGCGUAUCAGAGGAAUCAGACCAAUCAAGGUACUCGCAAGAUCCCUUUGAUCCAGAAGUGGUCUUGAUCAUUGACGGUGGAGCGGGCGAGAGCUAUGGUGCUCGCAAGAGUGAUACUGCUCGCGAGAGUGUGGGUACUCUGAGUACGAGUACGGAAGCAGAAUGCGAGCGCAGUCCGGUCCAUGAUUGGAUUUCCGCCGUAGCCAUGGCACGGGAUGGAGAAGAGGAUGGACUGUUGUCAAUCACAGAUGAGGAGGCCGAACAGGAGAAGAAUGCAGGGCGGGAAUCAAGACAGGGAAGAGAACAACGGUUCUCUACUCGGUCCCGGGAAUCAGCCUACACUCAGGACUCCUGGUCUGCUCAUGAUCAUCAUGUUCUGCCAAGGCCAUCUGCACCAACACCUGGAUUAUCACCAACGAGCGACUCGGAAGAUUCCUCGACUCGAUCAUUUGCAUCUGGUCCUCCAGACAACAAAGAAUCUCCUCACCAGGGGAUUCGACCGCUUCCAACCCCUCCACGGCGAGUGUCGGAGGACAUCGACGCUUCCAUAGCAUCACUAGAACGACUGAAGGCUUUGCGCAAGUUACACUCCGCCCUCCCUGCAGACUAUGGCGAAUCACCUCGGUCCAGCAUUGCGCCAUUGAAUGUGAGAUCGAAGAAACCAAGACCAUUACCAGCCUUGCCUGGAACGAUCGAUUUAUCAAACCCGUUUGUGACGGUUCUGGACUACUUUCCCUUGGUACCAUCACAUAUACCGCAGAGACCAUGCAUGUGACCAUCUUUAGAAAUUCGUAGAAUGCGGAUAGCGGGGCUCUGAGCAUAUGUUGUUGAUCCACUCAACUGCCA